AUGUGUUUGGCUUUAUAUCUCUGGUAUAUUCGUGUACUUCAAGUGUUUGCUGCUUACGAGCGGUUGGGACCGAAGUUGCUUAUGAUUUUCAAUACGAUGAAAGAUCUAGCAUUUUUCAUCUGUUUUGUCCUCGUCUUUCUGGCCGGUUAUUCAGUGACAUCAUAUGCAUUGGUUACAACUGACGAGCAAGUUACUUGGAGGGAUACGAAAGAUGCAUCAUAUCGUCACGAAUUUAUUUUAUUCAACAAUGGCACAAAUUUAUGGGAUUGGGAGCUAAUCAGAAAUGUUAUCCAGUGGGGCAUGUGGAAGGCAUAUGGUGAGGUGGAAUUGAUAGCUGAUCAUCAUUAUGGAAAUAAGACGCAAAUCACGAUGCCGAAUAAUGCUUAUGGCACAAUAGCUUUUAUUUUGACUAUCUUCUUUGUGUGUAUUGCUAGUGUCUUGUUACUCAAUGUUUUAGUAGCUCUUUUCAAUGUGACAAUUCAAAAUGUGGAGCGCAGUGCGCGUAAAAACUGGGCUUACCAUCGCUAUCGACUUGUCAUGGAAUACGCCAAGAAGAGUCAUUUUUCACCGCCAUUUAAUGUUGUUGCUCAUAGUUCACUUUUGAACAAUGGAGGACAUGGAGAAAAAGUGCAAACAUUUGACUUAGAUCAACCACUUAAAAUUACAAGUGGUGGCCUAUUUUUAGCUCUUGGUUUUAAAUCGCAUUCUUUAAGUCCGAUUAGUGCCAGAAACCGAAAUGAAUAUUCGACCAGCAUAACUCAUGUCGAGAAUAGUGUAGAGUCAAAAAAUGGUCGGAACAUACCCGUUGUAUUUGCUAACUAUCCAAAUAGAGGAGCAGCAUUUAGUUUCACGAUCGACGAAUUGGAUAAAAUUUCAAAAAGUCAAUCGGGGGAUCUCGAAAUGGUAUCAAUACAAAAAGAUACAGAUCCAAUUGUUGAUUCUGAAGCAGUCAAGCACAAACCGAGAUUUUUAUCAUUAUUCAAAUUCAAAAGCUCGAAUAAAAUAGAAAAAGAACAAGAUAAAGCUUGCAAAUUACAAAGGACAUUUAAUGAUCAUGACAAUAUGCUGCUUGAGAAUAGUAUUGCCGAAGACCAUUGGAGAUCGGUGAUUAAUAAAAUCAAGGAACAAGAGUCAGCAUCAACUGAUGAACGUAACAAUUCGCUUGUCACUUCCUUGCCCAAUUGGCACGCAAACUAUUCGAUGCAUGAGAAGUCGACUGCAACAAAUUCAAAUGAACAGGAUUUUGUUACAGACGAUAAUUAA